CAAACUUUCAAAUAUAAACGGAUGCUCGUUCUGUCUCUCAACUGUAUCCAAGAGUAAAAUGUCAGCUUCACUGCCAAAAAUGCAAUAUGUCAACCUCGGAAACACUGAAUGCAGAGUAUCGAGAAUCUGCCUAGGUUGUAUGUCAUAUGGCGACAAAAACUGGGCUAAUUGGGUUGUUGAGGAGGAUGAAUCGCUUCCUCUCAUUAAGAAGGCAUACGACGCUGGCAUCAACUUUUUCGAUACCGCUAAUGUCUAUUCAAAUGGCACUAGCGAAAUCAUUUUGGGAAAGGCUAUCAAAAAAUACAGUCUUCCACGACAUAAAAUCGUUGUUGCUACUAAGGUAUUUAGCGUCACGACUCCAGAAAAGAUGUUUUACCGAGCAUAUGCAAAACCGAAGGAAGAUGUUGAAGCAGAUGGAUAUGUCAACUAUGGCGGUCUGUCCCGCAAGCAUGUCUUUGACUCCGUCGAAGCCAGUUUAAAGAGACUGGAUUUGGAGUACAUUGAUUUACUCCAGAUUCACCGGUAAGAUAUUUACCCGCCUGCGGAGGACGUAUCUUCAUUAUCAUUCAA